AUGCCAACAGCAGACCAUUUCACUGGAUAUCUUGCGAGUAUCUUGAGUGAUCAGCAAAAUUCAAUUGAUUUAACGAAAGACGUAUUUGUUGUUUAUGACUCAAUUGGUGCUUGGAGUGCUCCGCGUGUCUGGUGGAUGUUGAAAGUGUUUGGUGCAGCGAAUGCCUUUAUUUUGAAUGGAGGUCUUUGUGGUUGGAUAAGUGAAGGCUAUGAAGUGGAGACAACGCCCUUUCGCCAGAAGUCUCCGAGAUCUUCUCCAGAGGUCAUCGGAGUUUCGUUCAACAAAGCGCUGAUCAGAACGUAUGACGCUAUUCAGAGAAUCGUUCGUUCAAAUUCGGAUUCCUGUCUUCUAAUUGACGCCCGGCCCAGCGGCAGAUUCUUGGGAUUAGAUCCUGAGCCACGAGCAGAUGUUGCGAGUGGACAUAUCGCUGGGUCUCGCAACGUUCCUUGGAAGAGCGUUUUAAUCUCUCAUCGACUUCAACGAGACCGAGGAACACUCUCUGGUUGUUUAUCUGGAAAUGAAGGAGAAUUAAUUGAGUAUGAAUAUUUCACAUACAACUCACGGGAGAAACUGGAAGAGCUUUUCUCAGAAAAAUUGAACCUUCCUCCUAAUCAUGACAAAGAGCUCAUUUUUACUUGUGGAAGCGGUGAGCAGGUUUCUUGCAAUACAAUCCCACACAUAAUACCCUCAGGAGUUUCUGCUGUUGUUGUGUUGGUUGCAACAAUGGUUUCUGAAUAUUGCAAUUGGGACAAUGUGUCUCUAUAUGACGGAAGUUGGACCGAAUGGAAUCUUCGUGAGGCUGGAAAACUUUGA